AUGUGGUCGCUCACUAUGAGCCAACAAUGACUGCGAAGUGCAAUACCAUUCACCUCACGUGGUUUCCUACGUUGACUGAAUAACGAUUUAAUUUUCUGAUGCUUAAGAUAUCAAGCUGUUUCAUACUGGUUAGUACGCUGUUCCACAACGCCACAAUGGCUGGAUGACGCAUCUGACGAAACAGCUGAAGACGGCAAAGGGGACAGAGAUGCCUCACGCGGAAUUCAUUCAAAAACCAAAUAUUUCAGCAUGGCACACAAAGCGCUACCAGCUGGCUCUCCUGUACAGUCUUGGGUUCGCUGUUCAGGGUAUGCUCAUGUACAACCUGAGCAUAUCUAUAGUGUGCAUGGUGAAUCCCCAACACAUCUCCCACAAUGCUGGAGCCAACAACGUUAAUGUUAGCACCGAGAUGACAAGAAUUGGCACCAUGCCGCUAGAAUGCAGCGAUGCACACAACUUGACGACCUCGAGAUCCUGUGGACAGAAGGGUGAAUUCACGUGGUCCAAACAACUCCAAGGUCUUCUUCUCGGAGCCAUGUUCUGGGGCUACAUGGUAGGCCAACUAUUCGCUGGUGUUUUGAGCCAGAGAUUCGGUGCCCGCAUGGUGAUGGGGCUGGGGGUAGGAGCAUCUGCUGUCCUCACUCUCUUCAGUCCUGUGGCUGCAAGGACAAACCCUUACCUCUUCCUGGCUAUGAGGCUUCUGUUUGGUAUAUGUCUGGCAGUGAUAUUUCCAAGCAUGGCAACUUUCUGGGCCAAGUGGGCACCACCAAAUGAAUACAGCAGAAUCGUAUCUGUUUGCAUAGCAGGGAGCACUGUAGGCAAUGCUGUUGUUUACCCUAUCGGUGGACUUCUCUGCGGGGAUGGCGUCAGUCUUGGUUGGCCUUUCAUAUUCUACACAACAGGUGGCAUAGCGGCACUAUGGACUCUGCUGUGGGUUCUACUUGCCCGGAACCAACCGUCCCAAGCAGCGGGGAUAUCAGCAGAGGAGAAAGCAUAUAUUGAAGCUUGUCUCCGACACAGAGUGCAAUUGAGCAGAGUAAACAGUGUUCCAUGGCGAAGUAUGUUCACGUCCCGUCCCGUGUAUGCAAACAUGGCCAACAACUUCCUGACCAACUACGGUCUGUAUAUGCUGCUCACGCAGAUGCCAACAUACUUCAACGAUGUCCAUAAACUCAAUUUCAGAUCGAAUGGCGCCUACUCCAUGGUGCCUGUUGUCUGCAUGGGUAUAGCUACGUUUGUUUGUGGCUUCCUGGCUGAUCUGCUCAUAUCUAGGAAAAUAUGUUCCGUUGGGGUUACACGGAAGAUCAUCGUUACGCUCGGUACGCUCUUUCCUGGAAUUUGUAUGGUUAUAUUGGCGCAGGCCGAGCGUGGCCAACACCUGUUUGCUGUCUCGAUGCUGUGCCUUGCGGUGGGUUUUGUUGGGUUUGGGAUGUGUGGAUUCAGCACCAACUAUGUCGACAUCGCUCACCAGUACGCCGGCAUUCUAUCUGGUAUAGGAAACGCAAUCGCCUCUCUACCAGGAGUACUAGCUCCCUACGUCGUGUCAAGGCUUACUCCUAACGGUACCCGCUCUGAGUGGCAACUGGUCUUCUAUGUGGCUGCUGGGGUUGUUUCUUUGGCGACGGUCAUAUUCAUUCCGUUUGGAUCAGGUGAGCUACAGUCGUGGGCGCAACCUAAAGAAGUGGAGCAAACCGUGUUCAUUGGAAAACAAACUAUGCAAGACGAGGCUCCUAUUAUUAAUGAUUGCCGAAAAGACGCAGAAGUCAUUCAUGUAUUUAAGAAUUGAAUUUCACUUUGUGUGAGUUCACUGGAGUAUGAACUUUCAUAGUUUCGCAAGCUCCGAUGUUCAUACAGUUUGGUCCUCACUCUAUGAAGGUUCAUACUUCAAUGAACUCAGACAGAGUGAAAGCCAAUCCUUAUAUUUUUUUAAAUCAAUAGUUUUACCCCAAAGGACUUUGAUCUUUGAUCAAAAGAAAGUUUUCACUUUAAAAAUAGUUGUAUAAAAAGCAAAAAAGCUGGUACAGAUUUGAACCCCCGCAGAAAACAUUCGCCCAAAUGCAACAUGACCACAACCACAACGCAGAUUUUCGAACGCAGCUUUCCAAAUCAUGUAUUGUUGAAAACGUGCAAAACGUGAUUUUGAGACAUUGGUCCAAAUGCACGUGCGUGAUUGUGGCAUAAAUACCGACGUUGGAUAGAGCAGGCAUUCAGUAAGCAAAAAAACACCAAGAAUAUGCCCUGACUUACACAAGCGCAACGAAACAGAGCGAUCGGUAUGGCCAAUAUGGGGGCAACUCAACGUCAGAUAGCCAGAACCUUCAACUGCUCCCAGACCACCAUCAGCAAGUUGAUAAUCCGCUACCAACAGACAGGACAGACUCAAGACCGGCCAAGAUCGGGAAGACCGAGAGUGACAACCGCUAAAUCCGGCAGAUUCACCUCCGAAACAGAUGUGUGACGGCGACGUCAACGGCGGCAACAACACUAGGGCAUGCCAUCAGCAGACGAACAGUCCUUCGACGACUUCGUACGGCUGGUAUACGAGCCUACAGACCCUUCCGUGGAAUGGCCUUGACCCGUCUACACCGUCAACGCAGAUUGCAAUGGGCACGAACUUACGUCGGUGGCAGUGAUGCGACAGAGUUCGAGUUUUUCGACGAAGGGGAGAGCGACUGGCGCCAAACUGCAUUAGAAAAGUUCACCCGUUUGGAGGUGGAGGCGUCAUGGUAUGGGGUGGCAUAUGUGGCCAGAUUACAACACGGCUAGUUAUCAUCCGAGGAAACCUGAAUGCUCAGCGAUACAGGGAUGAAAUGUUGAAACCGGUUGUGGUGCCCUUUAUUCAACAUCAGCCAAGAGGAUUAAUUUUGCAACAAGACAACGCAAGGCCUCACACCGCCCGAAUUGUUCAAGACUACCUGAACAACGUUAACGUCAACAUAUUGCCAUGGCCACCUUGUUCUCCAGACAUGAACCCCAUUGAACAUCUCUGGGAUCAUGUUGAUCGUCAGCUGAGACAACCUGUACCGCCUCCAGCGAACCGACAGGAACUUGAACAGACUCUAUUGAACUUAUGGAACAGGAUUCCUGUUGACGUUAUCCGCCGACUGACGACGUUAAUGAGGAGGCGUGUGUUGGCGUGCAUGGAUGCCCAGGGUGGUCACAUUCGCUAUUGAUGACGUGUUACCUGUCUACUGUCACUCAGUGUCAUUGAUGGACUCUUCAUGCACUUUUUCAAUGAACUCUGAUUUGUGUAAUUUUUAAUUUGGACACCUUGACUUGAUUGAGGAGAAUGCAAUAUCGGCACUACAAUGCAUUUUCAUUCUAAUUCAUGGAAAAUGAGUUCUGUUUAUAAAAUAAUCAUCAUUAAUCUCA